CUGAGCUAUUUCAGCGGGUAUUUUCACAUUUUCUCAAUAGUUACACGUAUCUGUAACAAUGACAGUUUUUACAAACCCCAGUUUCUCUCAGAGCCAAGACAAGGACAGUAACUCCUUAAUGACACCCAGCACGCAGCACACGCCCCCCACACACGCCCCCAGCACGUGCGCCCCGCCUAUGCACCCAUCUCCCCAGCUUUCUCCAGAAUUAAAACGAGGGAUUUCCCAAGAGUUGAUGUCAUCCCCCCAAUUAGACAGAUACAAAAUAGCCAAGCAGUUGACAGAAAAAGCCAUCAAGGAAAAGAAGAUCUUCUCCAUCUACGGCCACUACCCCGUGAUCCGGGCCACCCUGCGCAGGAAGGGCUGGGUGGAGAAGAAGUUCCACUCCCUGCCCAGGGCCUGUCCAGGCGCUGAGGACGCGGGCACAGCUGAGAGCAAAAGCACUGACGUCAGCGAUGCAGGAGAAGUGGCCUUGGAUGGCACAGAGGACAUCCACGAAGUGAUGUCCAGGCUGGCGAAGAACGAGACGCCCUACUUCCUCUGGACCAUCAAGAGGGACGUCGUCGACUACCACGGGCUGAGCGGCGAGCAGGUGCUCAACCACUACGGCAGGACGGCCUCCUUCACCACCAAGAUCGGGCUGUGUGUGAGCAUGCGGAGCCUGCCGUGGUACGCCCAGGCCGACCCCGACGCCUUCUUCCCGCGCUGCUACAGCCUCUGCACGGACGGCGAGAAGCAGGAGUUCCUGGACGACUUCCGGCGCACCGCCGCCUCCAGCAUCCUCAAGUGGGUGGUCAGCCACCAGGGCUGCGCCCCCGGCAGGGCCAAGGCCCCGCGGGAGGAGGCCAGCGACGGCGACCCCGGCGGCAGGAGAGCUCCUGAAGACGCAGAGCCCGCGCUGCAGGGCCUCUCGGGGCAGCUGGUGGACGCCGCCUGCAGGGUCUGCCAGGCCUACCUGGGGCGGCUGGAGCACGAGGACAUCGACGUGGGGGGGGCCGCCCUGGACCUCACGGAGGACGAGUGGAAGGACCUGACCCAGAAGUACUACGCCCUCGUGCACGGCGACGCUUUCAUCUCCAGCCCCAGAACCCACCUCUCGCAGUGCCAGGCUCUGCUCAACAGGAUCGCGUCCGUGAACCCGCAGACGGAGAUCGACGGGCUGCGGAACAUCUGGAUCAUCAAGCCCGCCGCCAAGUCCCGAGGCCGAGACAUCGUGUGCAUGAACCGGGUGGAGGAGAUCCUGGACCUGGUGGCCGCAGACCACCCGCCCCCCAAGGACAACCGCUGGGUGGUGCAGAAGUACAUCGAGACGCCGCUGCUCAUCUACGACACCAAGUUUGACAUCAGACAGUGGUUCCUGGUCACCGACUGGAACCCCCUGACCAUCUGGUUCUACAAGGAGAGCUACCUGCGCUUCUCCACACAGCGCUUCUCCCUGGACAACCUGGACAGCGCCAUCCACCUGUGCAACAACUCCAUCCAGAAGCACCUCAAGAACGACAAGGAGCGCAGCCCGCUGCUGCCCUGCCACAACAUGUGGACCAGCACCCGGUUCCAGGAGUACCUGCAGCGGCGCGGCCGCGGCACCGUGUGGGGCAGCCUCAUCUACCCCGCCAUGAAGCGCGCCAUCGCCCACACCAUGCGCGUGGGGCAGGACCACGUGGAGGCGCGCAAGAACAGCUUCGAGCUGUACGGCGCCGACUUCAUCCUGGGCCGCGACUUCAAGCCCUGGCUGAUUGAGAUCAACUCCAGCCCCACCAUGCACCCCUCCACGCCCGUCACGGCGCAGCUGUGCGCGCGCGUGCAGGAGGACACCCUCAAGGUGGUGGUGGACCGCAAGCUCGACCGCAACUGCGACGUGGGCAACUUCGAGUUGCUGUGGAGACAGCCCGCCGUGGAGCUGCCGCCGUUCCACGGGUCCGACCUCUGCGUGGAAGGCGUCGGCCUGAGGAGAGCCAAGAAGCCGAUGCUGCCCAUUUCCCAUCUGAACUUCCCGCCUUCGCUCUCGAACAUUCAGCCCCUAAAAGCAAGGUGCCCCUCGGCUGCCUCCGACCCGGCGCCGCGACCCCUCGCCGCGGCCGGCCAGCGAGACUUGAAGCCCAAGGACGAAAAGGGCUGCCAAGGGACCUCCCUGCUCCGUGCCUAGUGUGCCGCAGCUCGCUGCCACCCUCCCGGCCCUGCAAGCGCUGCCUCUCCUUCUGCGCCUCCGUCCUGCAGGGCGUUUCGUUCGUGCCACUCGGAAGCCCGUGGACCCUGUGACGCCAGCGCCAGGGCAGCUGCGCCCCAAUUGGUGUCCGCCCAGGCCCGCGGCAGGAGCGUUGCUCGCAUCUCUGGAGACCUGCAAAGCUGGGGCCGGGGAUACAGAGCUAUUUUCGCGAAAUUGCGUGUCUUAACCACGGUGUUUCUUGUGG